UCGUAUUUCAAUAUAUCUUGAUCGUAAUUUUAUUGGUUUUGUGUGUAGCUACCUAAAUAUGUCUAAUCAAGAGCUUCCUCCGGCAAGCCAAUUGAUUCCUCUGGACUUCAGCUCAGUUCAAACUAUUCCUGAAUCUCACUUAUGGCCUAACCUUGAUGAAUUAUCGAGGAAGAUCGAACCAGACAAAAUGCUCUCGAUCCCAGUUGUCGAUCUUAACGACGAUAAUGUGUCGGAACUCAUAGGGAAAGCCUGCGAGAAUUGGGGAAUGUUUCAGUUGAUUAAUCAUGGUAUCUCAAAAACCCUAAUAGCUGAAACCGAGGAAGUGGCUCGAUGUCUUUUCGCUCUUCCAAAAAGCCAGAAGAUGAAGACAUUACAGGCUCCCGGAACCCCCACCGGCUACUGCAUGGCCGGAAUAUCGAAGUAUUAUGAGAAACUAAUGUGGCAUGAAGGAUUUACCAUCCUAGAUUCUCCAGUUGAUGGUUUUAAGAAACUCUGGCCAUCAGACUACCAACGGUUCUGUGAUAUAAUGGAAGAAUACCGACUCAAAAUGAAGGCUUUAGCUGAUAAGCUAAUAAGCUUAAUCUUCAAGUUUCUUGGCAUCUCCGAUGAAGAGAUGGUGAAGCUAUUGCCUUACAUCGACCCAAUCACCGGAAAACCCCACAUGGCUUUGCGUUUGAACUCGUAUCCGCCAUGCCCUGAUCCAAGCAAAGUCAUUGGCCUCGCGGCCCACACCGACACCUCCCUCUUCACCAUGCUUCACCAGGCACGCAAAUAUGGGCUACAGAUCUUCAACGAGAAAGAAGGUUGGAUUCCUCUAGCUCGGAGGAGCGACACGCUCAUUAUUAACAUCGGUGAUUUCCUCCAAAUUAUAUCGAAUGGUCGGUUUCAUAGCAUUCCUCACCGGGUGAUGAUACAAGAGACUGAUGAGAGUACGAUGUCGAUGGCCUUUUUCUAUUAUCCACCGAGUCAUUUAAACGUAUCACCUUAUUGUAAGCCAUUGAGUGAAACCCCACAGACUCCCAUUUAUAAAGGGGUGAACGUGAAAGAAUAUUUCGCCAUCAAGGCCAAGAACUCGGGGAACGGAAUUCCUGCCAUAACAAUAUGAUCUUUCACAUUCCAAGCCCUCUUGUUUGCUUCAUUUUCAAAUUGAAAUAAGUUUGUUAAACUGUUGAUGUGGGGGCAGUUUUUAA